AUGAACAACUCGGUUCGGAACUCCUUUAAAGACCCUACCGCAACAGAAAUUCUAACUACCGUAUCACCAGAAAUGGAAUUUCAUACACAAAGAAUAAUCCAACAGGGUAUUUACGCAGUUAUUUUUUUUCUAAGCAUGGUUGGGAACGCAGCAAUGUUUGCGGUUUUGUUGAAAGGACGUCGCCUUUGCUCCAGCAAAAACGUUCUUCUUAUGAACAUGAUACUGGCCGAGUCCCUCGUUGCCAUGACUUCAAUCCCGUUUGACUUUGCUCUGCUGUUUCAAGAUGAAGGUUGGGUGUUCGGUUCCUUUAUGUGUCAUGUUCUUUGGCCGUUGCAAACUGCGCCGUUCGGCGCUCUAGUCCUUACUUUAACAGCCAUGAGUGUUCAGAGGUACAAAGGGAUUGUUCGUAAACUUCGCAAGAGAAAACCAAGCGUUGACGCGUCGUAUUGUACCGUGGCGAGUAUUUGGGUUUUCUCAGUAAUCAUAGUCAUACCAUUCGGCGUGUUUUUGCGUCUGGAAGACGGUAAAUGCUCUGAAACUUGGGGGAAAAUUGGCAGUCAAGUGUAUACCGUUGUACUGUUUGCGUUCCAUUACGCCAUUCCGCUAACUGUCAUCACGUAUUGUUACGCGCGCAUUGCCAACCGUAUCCGCCGUGGUCAUGAAGAAGGACACAGUAUCAUUUCAGGAACACGUCAAGCGCGUCUAAAGCGCUCCAGACGCCACGUUCGCGCCGUGCGUAUGGUGAUCUUAUUUGUUGUUGUAUUUGCAAUAUGCAUGCUGCCGCAUCAAGUCGUGUGGCUGUGGAUGACCUUCGGUGACAACGUGGAACAUUCAAGCAGCUUCCUGACAUUUGCUUACAUGUUUACCUUUACAAGUAGCGUUGUUAACCCGCUGGUUUACUUCACGCACAAUCCUGCCCUAAGAGCACGACUUUUUGCUAUUGUUACCUGCCGUUCAUUACCUCGGAUCCCGUCAUUUAGACGCAGCAGUAUUUUCGGAAGUAGUGAUUCCUCACACGAUUGUAGAGUAUAG